AUGACUAAUACAAUUUACAUUCAGCCGGAUUUUUUACAACAAAUGCGUGUUAAUUCGCUAUUAGCACCAACCAAAAAAAAGCCUGAAUCACUAAUGACUUCUUGUUUUUACCACACACUUCACAAACACACAUUUAAACAACAAACAUAUUUCUGUUCAUCUUGUCCACCCACGCAAACUGUAAUGCUAUUAAUUGUGAUUGCUGUUGUUAGUUGGGAUUUUCCAAUAAAAAUAUUUGAAGUGAGAAAUUAA